UUCGCAAAGCAAAAAUUUUCAGAGCAAUUUUUGCAAAACAAUUCGGGGAACUAGCCAAAAUUUUAGUAAUCCUCGUAGUUUUCUUUUUAAAUUCCUCUCCCCUUUUUAUUUUUUAAACUUAUAAGCUUGAAAUCGAUCGUCGAAGGUAUCGAUAUCUGCCGUUUUAAUCAGAAAUCCGGCUUAUUUUUCCAUUAAAUACUUUUAAAUUUUGCAAAAAUUGUAGUUGUUUUUAAAUAUUCAAAUAAUGGUUUUUAAUCAAUAGUUGUCAAUUAUUGGUUGUCUACAAUUAUUAAACAGUAAAAAUACAGGCAUCAUAUUGAUAAUUUUUGGAACUACUAUACGCCGCUUGGAAUCAGUUUAAAUAUGACUAAACUAAUACAAUGGCUUCUGUUAAGUGGUGUUUUUGGUAUUUUUUACAUGGCUGCUUUAUUAGAUUUUCUUCCUGUCCAGUUUUCUGAUGAAAAUAAGUUCUUUAUAUUAAUAUCGCCUGUAUUAUUGUUGGCUCUCUUUGGGUUUGUUUCUGUUGUUAUUAUAAUGUACCGUGUUGCAACUUUUAAUGAUUGUAUUGAAGCUGCUAAAGAACUAAAAAGGGAAUGUGAAGAAGCAAAAAAAGAUCUGAUGUCAAAAGGAAUUAAAUUUGAUUGAUUAAAGAAAUAAAAUUAUAGAAAAA